AUGGCUCUGAUUACAUCUGUUAUCAUUUAUCCGGGCAAUAACUUGGCGUAUAUCGAUGCGCUGUUCUUCUCAUCCGGAGCUGCUACCCAGAGUGGACUGAAUACGGUGGACUUUAACCUACUCCAGACUUACCAGCAGGUAAUUCUCUAUUGGGUGUCGAUGAUCACCACCCCGAUAUUCAUCAACACCGUCCUCGUCUUUGUCCGGCUUUACUGGUUCGAGAAACGAUUUCAGCGCGUUGUUCGGGACGCCCGCGCCCUCCGCUCGACUAGAUCACGGAAUCGGACAAUCAGCGAAUCAAAAUACUCGUUGUCAUCUGGCAGGGAAGAAGCGGGGAUAGGUGGUCGCCCGAUUAUGGUGUUGCGCAACGAUUUCGCCAACCCGCCGCAAGGGGAUGCUCCGCAGAGCGCUCCUGUCUCCCCGGACGAGACCGACGCCGAAUCCGGCUCCCCAACCUCCACUGCUAGCAGCGUCAUACCGGGGCAAAGCCAGAGCCAACCAGCUACGAUAAAUCGCGAUUUUGGUGACAUUCGGGUACCUGCUCAGCUCAGUCCCGAGCAUCACAUUGCAUUGUUAGAGAAACAAAGGAAGACCAAAGGUGCCCUGCGCAUUCCUAGUCCCAGAGAGUACGAUCGUGGUGGAGCGCCGGAGGUCCUUGAGGAGGAGGAAAAUGAGGCCAACAAUAAUCUUACCAAGACCAAGUCUGGGCAAUCCGAACCGCGGAGCCCCAGAGACGUCGAUGCGAACAACACAGCCAACAUGGACGGACCGCAUAUCACCUUCACCGAGCCCCAGUUACCGCCGUCGAGAACAAGGAACGAGACAAAGGAGGCCGAUGCGAUGACCCAGGCGACCCGCAGGUCAACAUUCACCGGCAUUCGCCGCACUUUGACGGAGGACCCAGACCGAACUACGUUGCCAUACCUUAGUUAUCAGGCCACGGUUGCCCGCAAUUCCAACUUUAUUGCCCUGACCGAGGAACAGCGUGAUGAAUUGGGAGGCAUUGAGUACCGGGCGCUGAAGACGCUGGCCUUCGUGCUAGUCUCUUACUACGUAUGCUUCCAUCUCUUCGGGAUAUUCGGCUUGAUGCCGUGGAUUAUGGAGACGAGUGGGGGAGAGGUUGUGAAGCAGGCAGGCCAAGGACGCCCGUGGUGGGCAAUCUUCUCUGCUGGCUCAGCCUUCAACGAUGUAGGGUUCACGCUCACACCGGACUCGAUGGUGUCGUUUCAGACCGCGACCUGGCCUCUGCUGUUGAUGACAUACCUCAUCAUCAUUGGCAACACGGGUUUCCCUUGUAUGCUGCGCUUCAUCAUCUGGGUAACGUCGAAAGUCUGUUCCAAAGAAACGCCGCUCUGGGAAGAGCUGAAGUUUCUUUUGGAUCACCCACGGCGGUGCUUUACGCUGCUAUUUCCACGCAAUGCGACCUGGUGGCUUGUUGCGAUUCUUGUCCUGUUGAACGGGGUCGAUGUGAUACUCUUCCUUAUCUUGGAUCUCCACGAUGGCACUGUCACUUCAUUGUCCCCCGGAAACAGAUUUGUGGCCGGUCUCUUCCAGGCUUCCAACACCCGGACUGCCGGAUUCUCCGUGGUAUCGCUGGCCGACGUCCACCCCGCCGUCCAAAUCUCCUACAUGAUUAUGAUGUACAUCUCCGUCUUUCCCAUCGCCAUCUCCCUCCGCCGCACAAACGUGUACGAAGAGAAGAGUCUCGGAAUCUUCCCAGACGAAGAAUGCAUCGACGACGAAAAUCAAACACCACCAAGUUACAUCAGUACUCACUUGCGCAGGCAACUGGGUCAUGAUCUCUGGUUCGUCUGUGCCGGCCUGUUCGUUAUCACAAUCAUUGAAGGCGCCCGUCUUCAGGACAGGAACGACUACUCCUUCCAGAUUUGGUCCAUUCUUUUCGAGGUUGUCUCCGCCUACGGCACUGUCGGCCUCUCUCUCGGCUACCCCGGCGUCAACGCCUCCUUCACCAGCCAGCUGCACACCGGCUCGGUCUUGAUAAUCAUUUUCAUGCAAAUCCGAGGCCGGCACCGUGGGUUACCGCACGGACUUGACCGCGCGAUUAUGCUUCCCUCUGAGUCUCUGCAUCAGAAGGAAGUUGAAGAUGCAGAAUGGCGCAUGCGCAGGCGCGCGUCGAAUCUCAGCCAGAUGGGCUCGCUAGGCAUGCACCAGUCACAGGCUGGGUCAGAAACUCAUAGCAUCGGUGUUUCCUCCGCGCUGGACACGGCGGGCCGGAAUCGAGAACUCAGCUAUAAUACGGAGAUGAACACGGGUAACAACGUUGAGAUGAUGCCCAUCAGGAGGCCGCCGACUGGGCAGCCGCCAAGCGGCCAAACACAUCUCCAACUCUUAACACCACCUCCCUCUUCAUCCUCUCGAACCUCAUCCUCCAAGAUGACAUUCUCUAAAGGGACGGAAACUGGAAACGAUACUACAAGCACAAGCCCACCGCACCACAUCGUCUGCCUCGAAGAAUGCCACUGCGCAGUCCCCACCUUCUCCUUCCCGCACACCUACACCGGCUACGCCUCGACAUCGCUCUCAACGCCCGAAAUAACAUCCCGCCUCCACGAUGCCACGAUUGCAAUCACUACGCUCGUCCCCAUCACACCCGAGAUUCUCGCCGCAUGCCCGAAACUCCAGUGCGUCGUCGUGAUGGCAACGGGCGUCGAAUGGGUUGAUAUCCCCGCUUUCCAAGAACGCCGGGUGAAAGUGGUGAACUGUCCCGGCGCGAACGUGAGCACGGUUGCCGAGCACGCCCUCGCACUAUACUUUGCGGCUCGAAGGAAAAUCGUGGAAUUACAUAAUAUCACGGUGUCGAGUGACGAGUAUGCGGAGAGACGGACGCUCGUUCAGCGGUUCCCGAAUGGGCCGCCGCAUACGACGCUGCAGGAGGUAGUGGCGGUUGUUGGGUAUGGGGCGUUAGGGAAGCGGAUCGAGAGUGUCCUUCGCGCGCUCGGGAUGCAGGUUCUCAUUGCGGAGCGGAAGGGCGCUAUGGGGACUGAUGUCCGUGAGGGACGGGUGCCGUUUGAGGUUGCCAUAGCGCAUGCGACGGUCGUUAUGGUCACGGUCGCGAAGAGCGCGGAAACGAUUGGGCUUAUUGGUGGGGAGGAGUUGGAGAGCAUGAGGAAGGAUGCACUGGUGAUUAAUGUCGCAAGAGGGGGGAUUGUCGAUGAGGCUGCUCUUGUUAAAGCGCUGAGAGAGGGCUGGAUUGCCGGUGCCGCGACGGAUGUUUUUGAUGGGGAGCCGCCGGUCAGAGGGCAGUCUGUUCUGCUUGAGGAGGGAGUGCCGAGUCUGACGCUUUCGCCGCAUGUUGCGUGGUUCUCCGAGACGACGAUACGGAACCUACAGGAUUUGCUAGUUGAGGGGGUCGAGGGGUUCGUUGAGGGGAAUUUGGUGAAUGUUGUUUGUUAA